AUGUCUUCAAUUUCUUUUACUUCAAGCAAUAAACUAAGUCGUGAAGAUUAUCGUCGUCAAAAAGAUCUUGAAGCUGCAAGAAAAGCUGGGACAGCUCCUGCAGAGCAAGAUGAAGAAGGCAAAGACAUUAAUCCUCACAUUCCACAGUACAUCGCAAAAGCACCGUGGUAUCUCGAUACAGGUCGACCUUCCUUAAAACAUCAGAGAGUUCAACAAGAAGAAGCGGAAACAAUAAAUGAUAAAUGGUACGCUCGUGGACUUCGUGCUGGUCCUGCAGCAACUAAAUUUCGUAAAGGGGCUUGUGAGAAUUGUGGAGCAAAGACACAUAAAACAAGAGAUUGUAUGGAUCGACCAAGGAAAACUGGUGCAAAAUGGACCGGUAAAGAUAUAAAACCUGAUGAAAUCAUUCAGGAUAUUGAAUUAGAUUAUGACUCAAAAAGAGAUCGAUGGAAUGGUUAUGACCCGUCCGAACAUUCUAAAAUUUAUGAAGAAUAUGAAAAGAUUGAAGAAGCUCGUCGCAAAAUGAAAGCUAACGAACUUGAUAAACAAAGUACCAUAGAAUUAGUAAAAAAGACUGGUGAACGUCAGAAAGUUAAUACAAAGACGAGAACGACUAUCAGAAAUUUAAGAAUUCGUGAGGAUACCGCUAAAUAUUUAAGAAAUUUGGAUAUCGAUUCCGCAUAUUAUGAUCCCAAAACUCGUUCUAUGCGUGAUAAUCCGAAUAGAGAAGUGGAAGAAUCUGAAGCAUAUUAUGCAGGGGAUAACUUUGUUAGAUAUACAGGAGAUGCACCCAAGAUGGCCAAUCUUCAACUCUUUGCUUGGCAAGCAUAUGAUAAGGGAACGGAUGUGCAUUUACAGGCCAAUCCUACUCAAGGUGAGCUUUUACAUCGUGAGUAUCUCCAGAAGAAAGAGAAACUUAAAGAUACAAGCAAAGAUUCAAUAUUGGCCAAGUAUGGCGGCGAAGAACAUUUGGAUGCUCCUCCCAAAGAGCUGCUUUUGGCUCAAACAGAAACAUAUGUGGAAUAUUCAAGAACUGGUAGAGUGAUAAAAGGUCAAGAGAGAGCCAAGGCCAAAUCCAAAUAUGAGGAAGAUGUUUACAUAAAUAACCACACAUCAGUUUGGGGAUCAUCUUGGGCUGACGGUCAAUGGGGAUACAAGUGUUGUCGUUCUUUUAUCAAAAAUUCGUACUGUACCGGUUCGAUUGGAAUCGAGGUAGCAAAUUCGUCAAAUCCGUUGGCAAGUUCUAGCACCAAUAAUUCAGCAUCAACUACUGCUAAUAAAGAAUUAUCAACUUCAAAGAAAACUCUUGUUGAGUUGUAUAAUGAGAGAAACAAGAAUACUAAAUCCAAUAAUACAGACAAUGAUGUUAAUAAACAUCUUAAACGCAAAGAUCUUGGAGAAGGAGAAAUCAAACUGGAUUCAAAGAAAUUAAAGAAGGCACUAGAUAAUGAAGAAAAACGUUAUAAAUUAAAAGAUGAAGAAGUAGAAAUGAAUGAUCGAAAACGUCCUUAUAAUAGUGCAUACAUGGGCAAAAAUGUAUCUACUGAGGCCGAAGUUACUGAAGAAGAUUUGGAAGCAUAUAGGCUUAAAAAACAAUCGUAA